ACAAAACAACGCUAACCCGAGACUCCGCGAGACCCACGGUUGCUAUAGAAGCGUCGCCAACAUCCGCGGUAUAUUGAGACAAGCAGCUGUACACAAGGAAGGCCAAACAGAACUAUGGCUGCACAAGAAUCGAUGUCUACCCGGGAUCCGUAUUCCUUUCCUCGGAAUCAGAAUGACGACAACUUCAUGGGUCAACUAAGAGCUGAAAUUGCAGGAUACCAGAAGCCUACCCAUUUAGCACAGAAUGAUGAUCCCUGGAACAGACUCAACACCACAUGCACUCUAGCUUCUUCACGUCGUGAGAUCUAUCACCAUGAUCCUGUAGCCCCAAAAGAUAGUCUGGACUUUAUUUUGAAAUCCAAAUACAAUCAUCAUCAAGCUUUCCUGAAAGACCACAAUGAGACCUUAUACCAACCAGAAACACUCGGAGUUAAACAUGGGCGCGUAUUGAAGAACCGUGAACAAGAAGUUAUUGUCCCAGUGCCCUACCUAAAUCACCCCCUUUCUAUCUCGUCUCAGAAGAAGAAGGAGAGUAUCCAUUCUAUAGAAAAUGCAAUAGAAGGCCACCACACACAAACUACCAACAACGGGUAUUCGAGAAAACCUGACGGGGGAUUUUUCGUUAUUUGAUCACUUAAUGUUUGAUGCCAAAUAUUAUCCUGCAUUAAUUACAUGUACCUGCUAGCCUGAAACAUCUCUGUACUUGAUCCUGUAAAAUGUAUUUAUUUUAACAACACAAAUAUCAAAGUGACUGAAUGUAUUAAAUUGUGGAUUUUUUUUUAUGUAUAUGAAUAUAAUGAAUAUGCCUUAUUACAUUGCAUACAAUUAUAACUUUAUAUCAUUUUUUUUUUCAUGUAAUAUUAAAUUUUUAAAGGAAGCAAAUUUUUACAAAGUGACAACCUUUUGCUUAUGAAAUACACUGAUAGUACCAAUUUAUAUAACUGGUUAUCAAUAAAUAAAUCAAAAAAAAAAAAAAAGAUAAAGAACUCAUUUCUCUUUCAUCAACACUAUUUGCGAGACACCCCAGUCUAUACUGAUGGCUGGACACCCCAGUCUAUACUUCAUUACACACUUAUUAUAUCAACAGAUAAACAAGAACGCCUAGACGCACAUGUAACAACAAACAAACUUGUAAACUUACUAGAUAUAAACAAUAAAACAAAGAAUUUAUUUAAAUAAUACUGGUGUGAGAUUUGAACUUGAUCACUUGUUUUCUUAUAAAUAAUUUACAAUUUUAAUGCUAACAAUUUGUUAUGCUCAGUAACUUCAAAUUGAAUAAAAUUUGUUUGUUAGUGGAAUAAUCCAUUUCAUUCCUGUAAAAAUCAGAUCACAUCUUUUCAUAACUAGGAGAUAUAAAAAGGUUUUCAUGCAAUUUUCAAAUGUUUACUGUAGACGAACAAAUAUUUCCUUACAACAGUCAUGAAUACAAAAUAUGUGAUCUAAUUUUUAUUUGACUGAAUCUGUUUGAAGGCCUCAAAAUUUAUUCCUGUAAAGUUCAGUUUUAAAACUUGAACAAAAAGAAUAAAGAAAGAAAAAAAAUACAAAUUAAAAAAGAUAAACUUGCUUUAUAAAUGUUUUGUUUUUCAAGAACACAUCACAAUGAAAUUAGUAUUACUGUAGUCAUUAACUUACUGGUUAGUUUUUGUAUUAAAAAAAAAGGGCUCAAUUUAAUGCCGCAAGGAAACAUUCAGAAACCUUUCCCCCAAUAUAGCACAGUUAAUUUUGAGGCCAGAGUGAAUUUGCCUUGUAAAUGCUACAGUUUAUAUAUAUUUUGUUUCUUCAUUAACAAAAUUUCAGAAGGCCACCACACACAAACUACCAACAAGGGGUAUUCGCGGAAGCAAGAUGGCGGCUUCUUUGUAUCCUAAUAUCACACUGCCGUUAACUCUA